AUGGAAGAGGAAACUUUUAUUUUACAUGAUGGUCCUCCAAUAAGAGCAACAGCAUUUCCAGAAAGCAGACACCAUCUUCAGCCCACGGAAGUAGCAACAGGACAGAUCACAGCAAAGCUAACUCACCAAGGGCCUCACAAAGCAGUGGCAGCAAGAUCAAUGGAGGGUCACAUCACAUCUCCAACAGCUGUCAAAACCUCCAACUCUGAGAACCCCAGAAACACAACGAUGAAAACUCUCCCUGCUACCCCAGUAACAAUAAAAAGUAACCCUUCCGCCAGCCCAGUGACCUUCACCCUGGCCACACCCAACAAGUCACACCCAGUUACCAAAGCCACCAUUGGCCCCACCUUGACUCCUUCAGAGUCACCCAUCACACCACCAGCCCCUACAGCUGGAACCAGUACAUCUGCUGUCAGCCAUACAACUAGGAAGACCAUCCAACCCAGUGAACAGACCACUCUCCCCAAAACUUUGUCUACAAUACCUCACAAAAGCACAACCAGUCCAAAGCCUAGUCCACUCACCCAUGCCCCGGGAACAUCCCCAGGGUCACACAAUGUCACCCAAACAAUCCCACCUGCCACCAUAGUUCCUGGGCCCACCCUUGUACCUCAGCCAUCACCAGCCAAGACCGGAGUUUACCAAGUUCUAAAUGGAAGCAGGCUCUGUAUCAAAGCAGAGAUGGGGAUACAGCUGAUUGUUCAAGAAAAGGAGUCGGCUUUUUCACCUCAGAGAUACUUCAACAUCGACCCCAACACAACCCAAGCCUCUGGGAACUGUGGGACCCGAAAUUCCAGCCUUUUCUUGAAUUUCAAGGGCGGAUCUGUGAAUUUCACAUUUACCAAGGAAGAAAAUUCAUAUUAUAUCAGUGAAGUGGAAGCCUAUUUGACCGUCUCAAAUCCAGAGAAAGCUUACAAAGGCAUGAAAAGUGCUGUGAUGAUGUUUGAGACAGUGGUUGGGCAUUCCUUCAAGUGUGUGAGUGAACAGAGCAUCCAGCUGUCCCCGCAGCUUCAGCUGAAAACAAUGAACGUCCAACUUCAAGCCUUCGACUUCGAAGGAGAUCACUUUGGAAAUGUGGAUGAGUGUUCGUCUGACUACACAAUUGUGCUUCCAGUGAUUGGGGCCAUCGUGAUUGGCCUCUGCCUUGUGGGUAUAGGUGUCUAUACAAUCCGCCUAAGGCGUCAGUCAUCUGGAUACCAGAGAAUCUAAUUGGUGCCCAAGGGAAAUGGAAUUUAGAGAAUCGUUCAUCGUUUUCAGUAUGUUGGGGGCUUAAGGUGUGGGUUCUUCCAAUGAUGUAAACCACCAUCUUCCUCUAAAACCAAAUUGUGAUUUAAGUUCAAGCAGCACAUUUUCUAAAUAUUUCCAAAUUUUUCACAAUUUCUAAAUAUUGUUCAUCUUAUGACUUAGUGUUUAAGAGUAUUUUCUAGCUUUCUUCAGAAUAUUGUAACCAAAAACAAUUGAGAUACGUUGAAUCAACAUAAUGCAUGUAAAGAGGGUGUGUGCCUCCAUAUUAUAAAGUGUCCAUUGUAAUUAAUGCUACCUGUGUUUGCAUUGAGAAUUUUAUUUUCCCCUAGAUCUUUUCCAGGUUAAAAAAAAAUGCCUUUGCUUUGUCUAUCAAAUGGAUUUUCAGUGCUUACCAUCUGUGUUUAUUUGAUGUACAUAUGCCUUAUGAGAUUUACCUCCUUUUUAAGUUUAAAUUUUCAAAAAGAUCAUCAGAACGUAUCUCAGGUUGUCUAGGUUUUUGAUGUGAGACCAACAUUAAAAUCUCGAUGAUUGCUGUUCCAGAUUUACUAAA